AUGUCUGCCAAGCAGCACCAACCUUCCCCACCUAUCGACUGCGACGGCACCAGCACGUUUACCACCGAUCUCAAGUACGACACUGUAGGUGCCGAGUACAUUGUCAUUACCUCGGACAAAAUCGCUUUCGGUCUCACUGAAUUCGUGGUCCGACACAGCAACACGCUCUGGCACCAGGCCACACAGCUCCCCAACGACACAACCCCCUUGUUCUACCUCGAAGAACCCGCUAUCGAGCAUUCUGAUGCUGUCCGUCUCCUUCUGGACAUCCUCCACGGCUACCGCCUUCCUUCGUGGGACGACGACGCGUGGCCCUCCCACAAUCUCAUCCUGUCUACGCUCAAGCUCGCCCGUAAGCAUGAGUUCGCCACCCCUUACGCUCUUAUCGUCUCGUACAUCCAUAACCUCGUCGACCGGCGUGGGGAGAAGUCUCGUCACCUUGCAGGCAUGUUCCGCGUCGCUACCUUACUCGACGACGAGGACCUCGCCACGCUGUGCGUGUCGCGCAUGGCGGAGGAGUUUAGUCUUGCGGACAUCGACGUCGCCAACUGGUCCCCCGACCUUGUCGUCGGGCUUCCCAUCGCUUACGUCUGGGCCUUCAUCCGCGCUGUGCCCAUGCGCCGCGCUCUAGGCGCCAACGGGUCGGUUGGCGUAGACAUUGCCGGAGUGGAGAAUACCUUUCGUGCCAGCUUGCGUGCUGUCAAGGGUAGGCCAUGA